AUGCAGAAGCUCCUCGCCUGCAAGGUCCACAUCGGCACCAAGAACCUCGACUACCACAUGACGCCGUACAUCUGGAAGCGCCGCGACGACGGCAUCUACCUGAUGAACCUCGGCAAGACCUGGGAGAAGCUCAUGCUCGCUGCCCGUGUCAUCGUUGCUGUCGAGAACGCCGCUGACGUUGUCGCCAUCUCGGCCCGCACCUUUGGCCAGCGUGCUGUGCUCAAGUACGCCAAGGCGACUGGCUGCAAGUCGGUUACCGGCCGCUUCACGCCCGGUACCUUCACUAACCAGAUCCAGAAGCGCUUCAUGGAGCCGCGCCGUGCGCGAGGCUCGUUUGCCAACAUCCCGACCAUCGCCUUCUGCGACACCGACUCGCCGCUCGAGUACGUCGACGUUGCCAUCCCGUGCAACAACAAGGGCCGCCUCUCCAUCGGUAUCAUGUACUGGCUCCUCGCCCGUGAGGUGCAGCGCAUGCGUGGCGUCAUCGACCGCCAGACCCCGUGGGACGUCAUGCCCGACCUGUACUUCUACGUCGACCCGGAGGAGGCUGAUGCCCGCGAGGCCGAGCGCGCCGCCGCCGCCGCCGCCGCCGCCACCGCUGCCAACGCUUCGGCCGAGGCUGAGGCCGCCUACGCCGAGACCGCCGUCCCGGCCGCCACCGAGGCGCCCGAGUGGGCCGCUGGUGCCGAGCAGCCCGGCUGGCCUGGUGAGGCUGGUGCCUUCCAGCUUGACUCGCAGGCGCCGGACUCGUGGGCCGAUGACGGUGCCGCGUGGUAA